UACCGAUAUGUUCAUGAUUUUCAGUAAUGGUACAAAUCAACUGUUUAUGAUGUCGUUCAAAUAACACCACUAAAAUUUUACAGUAAUUUAAUCUUUGGAGAAAUGUAAAUUAUCAAGUACAAACAUGCCACCGAAACCGGAACCGCAACCGCAAUCAGAAACUAAACCGGAAAAAAAAACAGGAACUGUCAUAUGCGGACUUAGAAGCCCUGGUCCAAAAUAUAGACUCAAAACACUUGUGGGCUAUCAAGAACAUUGUCUUUCUAGGUAUCGGAAUCCGGCAUAUACAUUCGGCUUCAGACAUCCUUUUUUACAAACAUGCGAAGGACCAGGACCAAAGUAUUUGAUAAAGGAUCCAAAACGCGAAGGGUUUUCUUUUGGAUUAGUUGGGAAGAGUUUUGACACAACCUGUGGACCUGGUCCAAAAUACAUUUUACCAGUUCCAAAAGGUCCUGCGUUUUCACUAAAAUUCCGAACAAAACACAGAGGCAGUUGUGGUACACCUGGGCCUUACUUUGUGCAACUUCUUAGUGACAGUCCAGCUUUUUCUAUAGGAAAACGUCUACCUGCUCUAAAAUGUGAUGCCGCACCAGGUCCUCGUCCUUACAGUGUAGACUUGGUUACAAUAAAGGCGCCAGAGUAUAGCAUAGCGGUUAGGCACGGUGAAAAAGUAAUUUGUCGCAGUCCAGGUCCAAAGUACAACGUUAAAUCCCCCAGACCAAAUCCCAAGUAUUCUUUCGGUGUCAAACAUAGCGAAUGUGCUCCUCCUUACAUCGUUGAAUGUGAUGAACAGUGUUGAA